CUCACCCUGGGUCUCACUCAAAAUUGGCAGGGUAUUGGUUUCUCAACACACAGGUCUGAGUGGCACUCAAGUACAAUACACCUUGCUUUUAAUAUCCAAAAAGUCCCACUGAACAUAUUUAGGCCUCUGAUUUGGUGAUAUGUAGUUCAAGGUGCAGUAAUUUGCCUAGAACCAACAAUCCUACAUGUUCCUCAGAAACGUCACUGAUGUGUGUCAGGCCCCUGAAUUUUUAUGGGGUUUCUCUUCCACCUCCUGGCACACAUUUGUAUUAGCAUGACAUCUGAGAUUCUUGCUUCUUUCUGCUCAAAAUGCUCAGCAUGAUGUUAAUAAUGGUAUCCUGUGAGAUAUCCACAUGGUCGAGGAUGCUGUGGAUAAUAUUAUGACAACACAGGAGAGUUCACAUAACUCGGAGGUUUACUGAUGUCUCUGCCAGGUAAACGCAAACUGCUUUUGGUAAUCCACACUAACUGAUAUAAGGAAAAGCAUCUGUCACCUGUAGACCACACAACAGGGACUGUGUUCAUUUGCUCUAGCAAACAUACGACACCAGGAGAAGUUACUGUGAUUGAAGUCACCACUUGAGUAACUUUACAAUGAUUCCCAGGCAUUCAACCAAUGAAUCUGUCUCUUAUACCGGCCAAACAAGCAAAGGUAUCAAACAAUCUCAGGAGAGAAUGAAUUCUAAGUGGAAAAUGCUGUUAUUAACUUCAUUUGCUUUAUUGCUGAUGUUGAUUAAGCAUUGCUCCCGAAUAAAGAACCACCUAGAGAAGAUAGAUCUCUGCUGGGAAAAUGAAAAAGAACUUCGGCUCUCAGACUGGUUUAAUCCCAAAAAACGUCCUGAUGUGAAAACGACAACUGAUUGGUUUGCGCCGAUCAUCUGGGAAGGAACUUACAACAGACAAGUCCUGGAAAAGUAUUACAAAAGGCUGAACAUUACCAUAGGCUUGGCUGUAUUUGCUACUGGAAAGUUUGUGGAUCAGUACCUGGAACAGUUCCUCCAGUCUGCUAAUAAGCACUUCAUGAUUGGCUACAAUGUUAUCUUUUACAUCUUGAUGGAUGACUUCUCCAAACUACCUCCCAUAGAGUUGGGGCCCCUUCGAACAUUUAAACUAUGUACUGUACUCAAACAACAUGUGUGGAAAGACUUCAAUUACAUAUACAUGAAAAACUUGGAUAUGUACAUCAUAGAACAUAUCCAACAUGAAGUCGACUUUCUCUUCAGUAUGACUGUAAACCAGAUCUUCAAGAGUGACUUUGGGGUGGAAACCCUGGGCGAGUCUGUAGCUCAACUCCAUGCAUGGUGGUAUUUUAGACAUGCAGAAAAUUUCCCCUAUGAGAGAAGACCUAAAUCAGCAGCUUUCAUCCCUUUUGGAGAGGGAGAUUUCUAUUACCAGAGUGCAGUUUUUGGUGGCACACCCCGUGAGGUUUUAGCCUUCAUUAAAGAAUAUCAAAAAGGAGUUACCAGUGACAACAGAAAUGGACUCAAGAGCAUAUAUGAACAUUAUUUAAACAAAUAUUUGUUUAUCAAUAAACCCACUAAGUUGUUAUCACCAGAAUACAAUUGGGAUCCAAAUUUUAGAACUCCCCCACAAAUUAAACAUGUGAAGAUAGCAUGGCAUUCAAAGAGCAUUUGAUGGUUGUAUCAUUAGGUUUAUGGAUUAAUAAGUGAAUCACAAUAAUUCCUCAACUAUGAAACAUUAAACAUCUCCGUGUUUUUGGAAACUUACAAAAAUGUGCAAUCUUCCAAAAUAAAUUGUUUUUCUCCUUGCAGUUUUAAACCAUCUAAAUCUACCUAAAUUGGAGUAAGAAUAAAUGGAUGUUAAUUUAAUAUUAA